AUGUCAAACUCUGGUGAAGCUAAAACGCAUGAGGAGCUCGAAUCUCAAGCUUCUGAGGAGGAGUCCCAAUCUCAGCAUGGUGAAAUGGCUGAAAGCUCAAACAAAGGAAAGCUUGAUGAAGAUUCAGAGGAAGUCGCUAGAGCAGAGGAUGAUGAUGCAUUGCCUCUAGCAUGUCCGUUUUGCGAAUUACCAUUCUUGGAUCCGGUAGUAACAACUUGCGACCACUACUUCUGCAAUCUCUGUGCUCGAAAGCACCACAAGAAGGACCCAACUUGUUUCGUGUGUAAGAACCCAACUCUAGGAGUUUUCAAACCAUCCGUGGAGAUCAAGAACAAGAUAGCUAAAAUGCGUGAGAACAUGAAACCCCAAGGUUUGUACAUAUCUAGUCUCUCUAUUUUGUCAUUGUUUGCUACAUGA